CAAACAUUCUUUGAGAGUGGACCAUUAUUAAAGACAUUCAAAUAGCUUUUGAAGGUUGAGUGAAAAUGAUAACUAGAGUGAGCUUUAAUCAGCUCUAAGCCAAAAUCCAUAGUAACAGGUCGAUGCCAAAAGUUAAGCAUACUUUUGAUGACUUUUUGUGUAUGUCAGCAACCUCUUCCUUUAUGCGUCCGAUGCCAGGACAGCGGAUGUAGAAAUUUUUGGUCAACCUAUAAAGUGACUGGACACACCUUUUCAAGUUUUCUUUUGUUCGAUCAACAACUCAUGUCUACAGCAAAAUCAAAGCAAAUAAAUUCAACUUUAUUAGCACAUGUCAAUGCAAAUGAAACAUUAGGACCCCGAGGACGUGAUCUCGAAGGGGUUGAUUCCCCUGCAGGCGCUCCCUCUAAACGUAGAAAGAUUCGCUCUCGCUCAAAAAUCGAGAUCAACAACGAUCAGAAUGAAAUACAGUCUGAAGAAGAAGACGAUUAUGAAAGUGAUCACAUGUCUGACAUAAUUCCAGCUGAUCUCGAUGGAUUUCAUUCAGCUUGGCAAAAGACGAUAAAUCAUGUUGUUAAAGCCAUCGUCUCCAUUCGUUUUUGUCAAGUAGCUCCCUUUGAUACGGACGAUGCAAUUGUUUCGGAAGCAACAGGAUUCAUUGUUGAUGCUGAAAACGGAAUAAUCUUGACAAACCGUCAUGUUGCCUGUGCUGGUCCUUUCUUUGGUCAGGCUAUUUGUCACAAUCACGAAGAGAUUGAUGUGCACACGGUCUAUCGAGAUCCAAUUCAUGACUUUGGAUUCUUAAAGUUUGAUCCAAAGCAAAUCAAAUAUAUGCCUGUGCAACAAGUUGAGCUUCGACCUGAUUUGGCAAAGAUCGGCCUGGAUAUUCGUGUUGUUGGUAAUGAUGCAGGUGAAAAGUUGAGUAUUUUGGCAGGCUCUAUUUCUCGCUUGGAUCGUAAUACACCAGAAUACGGAGAUUUGACUUAUAACGACUUUAAUACUUUUUACAUUCAAGCAGCUGCUAGCUCAUCUGGAGGCAGUUCAGGUUCGCCAGUCAUUGACAUUGAGGGAAACGCAGUUGCACUCCAGGCUGGUGGUGCUGAGAGAGCAUCAACAGAUUUCUUUUUGCCUUUGGAUAGAGUUAAGCGCGCACUCGAGUACAUUCAACGAGAUGAAGAAGUACCUAGAGGUGACAUUCAAACUGUAUUCAGAUAUGGUCCAUUUGAUGAGGCAAGGAAACUAGGGCUGAGAGCAGAGACAGAAAAAAAGCUUCGAGUGUCGUUUCCUGAAGAAAUUGGUGUCUUGAUUGUUCAUUCUGUAGUGCCUGAAGGGCCAGCAGAUAAUUUACUAGAAGAAGGGGAUAUACUUAUCACUAUAAAUGGGAAAUAUAUUACAAAGUUCGUUCCCUUUGAAGAAGUAUUGGAUUCGAAUAUUGGUAAAGAAGUUGUCAUUGGUAUCGAACGUGGUGGAGAGUCAAUGGAGUUCAAGAUUUCUGUAUGCAACCUUCAUGAGAUUACACCUGAUCGUUACGUUGAAAUCGGUGGGGCUGUAUUGCAUGAACUCUCUUACCAACUGGCUGCAUACUACAACGUGCCUUGUAAAGGUGUCUUUGUUGCCAGCUGUGCUGGGAUGUUCCGCCUAGAUGGUGACGAUGGCUGGAUUAUUAAAUCUAUCGAUGAUAAAGAAACGCCUAAUCUCGAUGCAUUUAUCCAAGUCAUGAAGAAUAUUCCUGACUAUUCUCGUGUUCCUUGUGUUUACUAUUCUAUUGGUGAUGUGCACACUAUCCUUGGCAGUAUCAUUUACAUAGACAAGCAUUGGGGAUCAUUUAGAUUAGCUGUACGCAACGACAAGACAGGACUCUGGGACUAUACAGAUUUAGGGAAUGACUUACCACCCGUUCCAUCUGCGCCCAAGACAAAACGUAUUACAGAGCUUCAUAGCAGCAUUGGUCCUGCCAAGAGCUUGAUUCGUUGUUUGGUGAAAGUGAGCUUUCGUACACCUUGUCGAAUUGACGGAUUCCCCUAUAGUCAUAAACAAGGGUCUGGUAUAAUCCUUGACAAGGAACAGGGACUUGUUGUGGUCAGCUGUGGUAUUAUACCAAAUUCCUUGGGCGAUGUGACGGUGACAGUGGCUGACUCCAUCGUCAUCCCUGCCAAAGUGCUCUUUUUGCAUCCAAUGCACAAUUACUGCAUUAUACAAUAUGAUCCAGAAGCUUUAGGUGACACUAACGUCAUGAGUGCACCCAUAAGUGAUAAAAAACUAUCUCAGGGAGAUAGAGCGACACUCGUUGCAUUAAGUUAUAACCGCAGACCUGUAUUUGUGAACACGAUGGUUACAGAAAUAUGCUGUGACAUGAUUACGCCUAGUUCGAUACCUAAAUAUCGCGCAACAAAUUUAGAGCUUUUUACUUUGGAGUCAAGUCUAUCAGGACAGUGCCCUGGAGGUUUACUAGCAGAUGAAGACGGACGAGUGCAAGGACUAUGGUUAAACUUUUUAGGAGAUAAUGGUCACGGAAGAGAUAUAGAAUAUUUUUUGGGCAUCCAUGUCUCCAUCAUUUUACCUAUCCUCAGACGUCUACGUCAAGGUGAACAAAGCCUAAGUCUGCGUACACUGAACAUAGAAUUUACGGUGCCCCACAUGUCCAGUCUUUAUGCCUGGGGAUUAUCUGAAGAAUGGAUAGAGAGGGCAGAGGAGGCUAGUCCGAACAAACCACCUCAGUUUUUUAUGGUCAAGAGUACAAUGGCCAAUACGGAAAGUGCCAAACUAUUCAAGGAGUUAGAUGUGCUUUUGGCUAUUAAUGGAAAAGUUGUAACACAUAUGGACGAUUUUGACAUACAAUAUGAAGCAAAUGAACUAGAGUUAACCAUUUUAAGAGAAAAGAAAGAAAUGACAAUCAAGGUGAACACAGGGCUUAUGUCUGGUGAUGGUACCAGCCGAAUUGUGCUUUGGUCAGGCGCUGUAUUGCAAGAACCUCAUUAUGCCGUACUUCAACAAAGCAAGUCCCUACCUUCGCAGAUUUACGUAACCAAUAUUUCUCAUGGUUCACCUGCCUCCAUGUAUGGCCUUCAGCCAACAAUGUGGAUCACGCAUAUUCAAGGAAAGAAGGUAGAUAAUUUGGAUGAUUUUGUUAGAGAAGUGAAAGAUAUUCCAGAUAAAAGCUAUGUUCGAGUGAGAUGUGUUGAUUUUGAUAAUAUCCCAGUCGUGAUUUCAGUGAAAAUAUUGAAUCAUUAUUUCCCUCUCACCAUCAUGAACAGGGAUUUGAAGGCUACCUGUGGUUGGUCCAAACAAGACAUUUGUUAAAGGUUGCAUAACUGUACAUCAUUUUCAUAUGUUAAAUUAAAAUAUAUAUGCCCGAAUACUCGUGUAAGCUUGUGACACACACACACAUAGAAAAUAAACAAUCAAAGUUUUGUAGAAAAAGGAUAUAAAUUGCCACACUGCCAUCUGUUCUCUCUCUCUCUUUUUUUUUUCUUUUUUCUUU